UAUUCACGAAGACGCGUAUAUCAAGAACCUCAUCCUUCACUUUUUUGCUGGCUAGAACACCCUCUCGGCACCUACUUCAGGAAUUGCAAGUGCAAUGGCUUCCCAAUCCCAAUUCCCAAGUCAUUCUGCGUUAAGGCUGGACAAAUUAGGAACGAAGCCAAAGGGGCCCGAUCAGAAUCUUCCAAACUCAUAGCCAAAAGGUUAGAUUUCUUCACCCUGUAAUAUGUUACUUCAAUUCUCUUCAAAUUUUUUUUAGCUUUUCUGUAUCAAAAGAAAGAAAAACUCUUCUUUUCAGAUACCCACUUCUUUUCUUCUCUCUGGAUGAUUUUCUGUCCCUAAAUUUUCUAAUCUGAGGUUUUGAUUGAAGGUUUUUUUAAUGGCAACUCUGGUUUGUAAGCCUCAUCCCAAGGAUCGUUUCAUCUUCCUAAUCAUCUCCUUUCUGUCAAUCUCUUUUUUCUGCAUCAAAGCACAAGGGUCUGUUCUUUCUAUUGAUUCUCAGUCCAUUAAUGGCAGCAGAGACCCUGUUUGUGAAGGUUUGCAUAAACUAGAAGACUACAAAUCCAAGUGUUCAUUCCUUAUAUCCAAUAAACCUUGUGUCUCUCAAGGCUUUCUUAACUAUCUUUAUCUCUUCUAUUGCAUUUGUGGGCGAUGGCCUCUUUUAGGCUGUUCCCUUCUGUCCCUUUGGCUUGUUGUGCUGUUUUAUCUUCUGGGAAACACAGCUUCAGAGUACUUCUGCUCUUCACUUGAGAGCUUGUCAAGGGUUCUGAAGCUCUCUCCUGCCAUAGCUGGGGUAACACUUCUUUCUCUGGGCAACGGUGCACCAGACGGGUUUUCUAGCCUAGUUUCCUUCACAGGAACUGGGGCACGCCGUGUGGGUCUCAACAGUGUUGUUGGGGGUACUUUCUUUGUCUCAUGUGUUGUGGUUGGACUCAUAAGCAGAUUCAUGGUGCCUCAUCCGAUUUCCAUAGAUAAAUCUGACUUUGUAAGAGAUAUUUGCUUCUUGCUUUUAGGAGUUCUAUCAUUGACUUUUAUUAUGAUUAUUGGAGCAAUCAAUGUUUGGGGAGCAAUGGUUUUUGUUUCUCUGUAUUUCUUGUAUGUAAUUGUUGUCUACCUCACUCAUUUACAUCGGAGGAAGGAUACAGUGGACUUUGGGAUGGAUCUCAACGGUGAAUUGGGCAUACCCAUCUUAAGAGACUAUGGAGAAGAUGUAAUUUGUGAAGACAGGGAUGAUGAUCUUGAAGGUGAUUGUCAUAAGGAUGCUGGUUGCAAUUUUUUCUGCUUUAAACCAUCAGUUUCUUUUGGUAGGUUCUUGUACAUUGUAGGGCUACCCCUGUACCUACCAAGGAGAUUGACAAUCCCUGUGGUUUGUGGAGAGAGAUGGUCCAAGCCCUUUGCAGUUGCUUCAGUCACAUUAGCACCAGUUCUCUUGGCAGCCCUUUGGAACUCUCAGAAUGGAAGAAUGGGUUCCAAAGCAGACCUUUUGGUACAUAUAAUUGGUGGGUUGUUAGGGAUUACUUUUGGGAUACUUGCAUUUCUGACAUCAGAGAAAGCCAGUCCUCCAAAGAAAUACAUCUUCCUAUGGCUUGCAGGAGGAUUCUUGAUGGGUGUCACUUGGAGUUAUAUCAUAGCUCAGGAAUUGAUUGGCUUGCUAAUCUCAUUUGGGUAUAUAAUUGGAGUGAGCCCUUCCAUUCUAGGGCUUACUGUACUUGCUUGGGGAGACUCACUUGGGGAUUUGAUAACCAAUUGUACAAUGGCUGUGAAUGGUGGGUCUGAUGGAGUGCAAGUGGCGAUUUCAGGGUGUUAUGCAGGACCCAUCUUCAACAUAUUUGUGGGGUUAGGUAUGUCUCUUGUUUUCUGUUCUUGGAGUGCAUAUCCAUCUAGUGUUUUGAUACCUAAAGAUCCAUUUCUUUUGGAGACAGUAGCUAUGUUGGUGGCUGGGCUUCUUUGGGCUCUUGUUAUUGUGCCAAAGAGAAACAUGAAGAUUGAUGGGUUUUUGGGAGUAGGGCUUUUAGCAAUGUAUAUGUCAUCUAUUUCUUGGAGAGUUAUUCAAGCACUUGGAUCUUCCUAGUUUCAUCAUUUUUUAACAGAAUAUGGGAAAUCAAUGUAUCAAUGUUAGUCUUAUUUUUUUCCCUUAAAAAUUAUCAAUUUUAGUUGAUAGUUAGGAUUAUGUACAAUUUGAUCUGCUCAUAGGCUAUCCUCUUAUGCUUUUGGUCA